GAGUUGCUGCGUAGAUAGUUGUAUAGGGAGUUGAAGAGGAGGGGAGUAGAGAUAACUAAGACAAGGCCGACGAAAGUGGAACUCGAUAGUAGCCCGCGGGGUCAAGAAGGAUUUAUCGCUCUUUUUUUUUUCUUUGGUGAAGAAAAGGAAAGAAAGAUCCGGCAGAAAACCGGUAACAACUUCACCGCCCACAAUCUUCUCCACACCGCCUUUCGCCCUCGGGAUAUGGCUUUUUUUCGCCUUGCCUUCCUCCCCAGCCGCUCGCGUUGAGCCGUCGUCAGCCAUGGAUAUCUUGAAGCUCUUAUCCCGAGGGACCAAAAAGUCCGCUUUACGCCCGCCCCAAGUCCUACCCGCUACCCAGCCGCCCAAUCCCCAGCUCUAUCAUGAUCCGACCAGGGGGACCAAGCGCAAGAGGGACGACGAACAACAACCCGCGCCGACCGUAGAACCCGACGACGAUCUCGACAUCAACUUCUUCGCGCCCAAGCCCGCCAGGAAGCCGAUCCCCGAACUUGCGACGACGCAUGCGCCCGAGCGCGAGGCGGUCCCCGCGACGCCAGCGCUGGACGACGAACAGGUCCGGGAGAUCCUGAAGUCUCAUCGCUUAAAGUUCACCCUCCUCUCCUCUCUCGACUACACGGCGAAAAAAGUGGAAAAGCCCGGGAAAAAAAAGAAAAAGAGAGAGGCCAGGCCAAAGACCAAAGAUGGCAAGAAGCAACUCUUUCCACGGCCGUUGACUUCUUUCUCCGAGCUCCGGUCUACCUACAAUAUCUCGACCAGGUUGGGCGAGAACCUUUCGAAGCAGGGCUACCGGAUACCCACUGAAGUUCAGCUGGGCAGUCUACCGCUGUUGCUAGAGCCCGAGAGGGCAAUACCGUCGUCUGCUGCGGACCAGUUCCGCUUGGCGACCGAGAAGGGUGUGAAUUUCCUGGCGGUCGCUCCCACCGGCAGCGGGAAAACAGUUGCUUUUCUCAUACCGGCGAUCGACGGCAUCCUGCGUAGAAAAGCCGACGAUGUCGUGCAGAAAGAGCGUGUGUUGGAGGUGGUGGUGGUAGCUCCGACGCGAGAACUCGGGCAUCAGAUCGUCAACGAAGGCAGGAAACUCGCACAGGGCACCGGCGUCAAGAUUGUAGGCAUGAAGAAGGGGAUGCAGAUACCCGUUGAAGGGCAAUCCGACGAAGACCCCAGCGACAAGGAGGAGAAUUCUCAGAGCGACCCGGAAGCGGACCACUCCGAGGAUGAUGAAGACCAUGGUGGUGGGUCACAGAGCGCGAGUACGACGACCAAGACGGAUAUCCUGGUUACCACGCCGCUGCUUCUACGGAAUUUUCUAAAGUCGAGGAAACUGCCGACGGUCAAGUCGCUAAUCUUGGACGAGGCGGAUGCUCUCCUCGACCCUCUCUUCCGCGACCAAACGCUGGGAAUCUGGUCUGCCUGCACGAACAAAUCGCUGCGGCUAACCUGCUGGUCCGCGACCAUGGGAUCUAACAUCGAGGGCUUGAUACUAGAACAGGUGGAGUCUCGAGAGCCCGACAAGGCACGUGUGCCCCUUAUCCGCCUCGUCGUCGGGAUCAAAGACACGGCAGUUCCGAGCAUAACCCACAAGCUGAUUUACACGGCUACCGAGCAAGGCAAGCUUUUUGCGCUUCGCCAGCUGCUGCACCCCAAGACGUCGGAUGAUUCUCUGCCGAAGAUGCGGCUCCCUUUCCUCGUAUUCACGCAGACGAUCGAGCGGGCGACGGCAUUGCACAGCGAGCUGAAAUUCGACAUAGCCAUCGAGGCCGGGGGUUCGUCGCGUAUCACGGUCCUACACUCGUCGCUCUCGGAUUCGGCACGUGCUGGCAUCGUCGCUCGCUUCCGAGCUGGCGAGAUCUGGGUGCUCAUCACGACAGACCUUCUCAUGCGGGGCAUCGACUUCCGCGGCGUGAACGGAGUGAUCAACUACGACGUGCCCACCUCGGCGGCGGCCUACGUGCACCGGGUGGGACGGACGGGGCGAGCGGGCCACGGCGGCGGCGUCGCGGUGACCUUGUACACGACCGAAGACGUCGCAUACCUGAAGAACAUCGCGAACGUAGUGGCGCUGAGCGAGAAGCAAGCGGGGAAGGGCGGCGGCGAGGGGGGAAUUCCCAAGUGGCUGAUGGACUCCCUGCCCAAGGUGAGGAAGGAGGAAAAGCAGCGGCUCAAGCAGCGCGGCGUCGAGUCGCGGAGGGGCAGCAAGACGAAGAUCACGUCCAAGAGCGCGUGGGAGAGGCGGAAAGAACACAACCGGCGCGGCGCCAUCGCGGGAAGCAAGAAGAGGAAGCUCGAGGCGGCCAGCGGGGAUACGCGGGAAGCUGACGAUGACGACGACGACGACGACGACGGCGACGGCGACGGGUGGAGCGGUAUCGGGGAUUGAGUACGGGGUAUUUGUUAACGUGCCCGCGCCCGGGUGUCGGUAUCUGUAAUCUUGAGGUUUACCUACCAGUCCGUGUCCGUUGCUAGAGGCAGUGCUUUGGGUGUUCCUGGGUUAGGUUGGGACGGUUGUCGUUGUGCGUGUGCAGGUUACCUAAGGUACCCAGAUAGGUACCUAUCAACCCCCCCCCCCCCCCCCCCCCGAGGCAAGGCAUUCAUCCCUGAUGGAACCUGGCUUAGGGGGCACCCACUCCAGGCUGGCAGGAUAUAUACCCACCUAUAUAUAGGUAUACCUAGGUAUAUAUACCUGUAUAGGUAGCAUCUAUCUAUAACUACCUCCUAUCUAUCCAUCUAUCUGAAGAACGGGAUGAUCAGGGGACCAAGUCGGCAGACGGACCUAUGCUGGUAGGUAGGUGACCUAGCCGGGCCUGAAUAAUCGCGGUGCGGUAUCGGGCGCGCCCGAAUAAGGCUGGACCGGAAUUGAGCGAUGCGAUUGGCUGAAAA